GCAAAAAAGAGCCUUAACAUUUUCUUGCUACCAAAUUUCAGCAAUGAAGAUCAUGUAGCCGCAUCGAUAGAAGGCCAAGGCGGCCAUCUAAGAAUAUGCUCCGCAUAUAUGGGUCAUGACCAAACAAGACCCCCACCGCACUCGCUACUUAGGCGGCUAGUGGAAGACAGCGAGAGGAGAAAAAUCGACCUACUAAUAGGAUGCGAUGCCAACGCUCAUCAUAGUCAGUGGGGAAGCACGGACACAAAUGAGAGUGGUGAGUCAAUCUUCGAUUUUAUCCUCAGCUCUAAGCUUCUAGUGGGUAACAGAGGUUCAGAACCCACCUUCGUCGUCAAGAACAGGAGAGAGGUUCUUGACAUAACACUAUUCUCGAACUCCCUGGCUGAUGCAAUCACCAGAUGGAGAGUCCUAGACAAACACUCCUUUUCAGAUCACCGCUACAUUGAGGUAGUCGUAAAUUUUGUAAACGUCACCAAGCAAGCAGUUCGAAACCCUAGGAAGGCAAACUGGGAGCUCUAUAAAAAGAUACUCGAGAGAUCCCUAGGUGAACCACCUUCAGAGACUAUCGAGUCCUACGAGGGCCUUAACGCCAUGGCCUAUAAAGCUGAACUCAGGCGGUAUAACAAAGAAUUGCGUAAGGCAAAGAGGGUUGCCUGGGCCAAUUUCUGCCCCAAUAUCCAGGAGACAUCAGAGGCCGCCCGCCUAAGAAAGAUUCUCUCUACUACAGCCCCCAUCGUAGGCUAUAUUAAGAACACGGAUGGGCAGUGGACAACCUCAAGCCAGGAAUCCCUGGAGACCCAUGUUAAUGCACACUUCCCGGGUUGCUCAUCGGAAGAAACAACCCAGGUGAUGCAUAGCCAGGGCCAUCAGGGCCUACUCAACUACCUACUUAGUGACAGAAAUCUUAAGUGGGCAAUAGAAAGCUUUAAACCCUUCAAAUCUCCGGGCCCACACGGUAUUAUACCGGCUCAGUUAUCCAGGGCCGGUAUUAACCUAAGGAAAUGGAUCAAGAAAAUCUUCAGUACAGUCUUCACUACUGGUAUGGUACCAAAGGCAUGGCUGUGCACGAAGGUUGUAUUCAUACCCAAGGCGGGCAAACCAUCCCACUGCACCCCUAAGGACUACAGACCUAUAAGUCUUUCAUCCUUCCUCCUUAAGACUAUGGAAAGACUCCUGAGUCUCCAUCUCCAACUAACCAUUAACCCAAGGGACAUC